GUUAACGAAUCAUACGGUUUGCUAACUUGUAAUAAAGGAGGCAUCGCUGUCCUGAAGGUUUUGGACGCGCGGACAAGGAAGCCUUCAGAUCAGAGGGAGUUGUGAAUCGUCGAAUGCCGAGCUGAGAUUGCGCUUGUAUUUAUCCAGGACUUCCGUGACUGUAACCUUUCCAGGACCGCUGAUCGGAAACGAAAGACUCGUUAGGACUCAUCUGCUAUAUAUAUAAACAUUAGAUGACCUUGCAGGCCAAAAUGUAACUACGCUGCUGUCUACUUGGGCUUUUCGGAAGGUCGUGUUGUGGGUUGUCUAGUGGAUCUUCUUGGAAGACGUCAGCUGCUCUUGGUGUGUUUUUCUGCCCCACGCCGUAUUUUCUUGCCAUCUGAAAUUAUAACGGAUAUCGUAGUCUUGAUAGACCCAUGCAAUCAGGAUGGCAAUGAUGAACAACUAUCACCACUCUAAGAUGGACGGUUCCUGGGUGUACGCGAACAUCAGCGGCCCCGGUCCGGGACACCACAACACCAUCAGCACGUCCACCCCGCACGUCCGGACCUUCUUCGACCUGUCUGCCCAGGCGCUGAGCGGGGCUGGAGCCGGGGAGAUCAUCCACUUCUCCCGCUACACCGGCAAGGUCGUCCUGGUGACCAACGUGGCGUCCGCCUGCUACCUCACCUCAAGGGAGUUCACGCAGCUGAACAACCUGAUGCACCUGUACGGCAUACACGGCCUGGUCAUCCUGGCGUUCUGUUGUAACCAGUUCGGACACAGCGAGCCGUUUGAGAACGACGAGAUCGUCAAGUGUCUGAGAUACGUGCGGCCCGGACCGCCUUUUCAGCCGAGUUUCCAGUUGUUCGUGAAGUGCGACGUGAACGGUUCCCGGACCCACCGCGUGUUCGAGUUCCUGAAGGACAGGCUGCCCUACCCCAGCGAUGACACCACCAUGCUGGUGGCCGAGUCGUCAGACAUCACGUGGAACCCAGUCAAACGUAACGACAUCACGUAUAACUUUGAGAAGUUCCUGAUUGGUCGAGACGGACAGCCGUACCGCCGCUACAGUUACAAGACUCCCCCCUCCCGACUGCACCAAGACAUCAAGAGACUCCUGGGAAUCCAGUAAUGCACGUACAAAUGUACGAAACCAUAGUGAUUCGUCCAUGGUUCCAGGACCCCGUAUGGGAGAGUCUGCCUUAGCCUGAUGAUCAUCUCAUCAGGCAGUUUACCCAGCCUUGUACACUUUGCUAUGUGGUUGUUUCAAAUAUGGUGAGGUGCUUUGCAUUGGCAGCUACUGUUUUAUCUAAGAAAGCUUCCCUAUUGGUGCAGAGACAGGUGUUGGGAAGUCGUUCAUUUGCCAAAAGCUAUCAUCAGUUCCAAACUUACCAUAUCCUUAAAACCCACUAUAUAAUGCAACUUGAAAAUAUAGAUUUCUGAAAAUGAAUACAAGAAGGAAUCAUAUGUUCCUGAACUGAAUUUAAUGAAUCUUUGUUUAAAUGCUUGACAAACAAUAUGGACUUUCCUGUAAGCUGAAUGUUGAUGAAAAAAAGUCAAUGAAAGUGUCACAGUACAGAUCGUCCAGUUUUAUUAGCCUUACGUUUGUAUUUGAACUAGGACAAUUCAGAGAUGGCUACAAGUUAGUCUAUCAAUACAAAUGUACGCUCCUAGGUUUUAUAAUAGAUUUUAUUGCAACAUCACAGGGCUCUUAGUCAAUUUGGGUGAUGAAAGUGUAACGUUACAGGGUGUUCAGACAGUUUUUAAAAAAAAAACCCAUCCAACUGUGGCUUUAUUAGAUGGAUGAUCACUUGUGGUAUGUCCAUAUACGUCAAGGGCUGUUUUCCAUUUGUAGAUAUCAACAGUACGUUUGUGAAUUUACUGUAUAAACGACAUGGGACUGUUAUUGGCACACUACUUCUUAAAGUACUUUUAGUAGUGUUGACUAGACUUUACUGUACAUACAAAGAUAGAGAUACAAUCUUUUCGAACUUCCUUCAAGUUGAUUCAAUUAUGGUGUUAAUGGGGUGCUGUAGGUUUCCACUCUAAUAUAAAAAAACAGAUGUAAAUACACCAAAUAAACUCACAUUCUACUUUGAAAUGCAGCCUGCAUCAUUUUUCUUUUCUAUAAACUAGAGGGUAAGGCAAAAUUGCAGUUUUCAAGUAUACAUGCCCAUAUAUUCUUGUCAUAAUAAAAUAAUCAAUAUAUAUUCUUAUGUUAGAGCCGUGUCAAAAAUGGGCAGGAGAAAUUUGAUCAGAGAAAAACAACUACACAUGUACAAGCAUGUCAUUAAGAAUAUAUUACAUUCAGAGUAUAUGAUUAUAUCACAUAUUGUAGUUUUGAAAAGAAUGUGUCCUCAUGGCACAAGCUGCCCAACACAUUUCUGAGUACCUCAUUUCAAUCACUACUGUGCCAUUUCAAACCCAAGACUUUUUCUGAUGAGGUAAGAAAAACUUCUGUCCUUCUCUCAAAUACUUGUCAUAUCCAAAGCCCAGUUUGGCAAUUACUGACUCUGUACAACAGUUUCUCUGCUUUUUCCACAUUCGGACAUUGUUUACAGUUGGUGGAAUAUGUGUCAUAAUCUAAGCAAAAGAAAAGUCAAGAAAGACUGAAUGGUAUCUGUGAUGUUAUGGAUAAAAGUAAUUGCUAACUUACCCUGUUUAUACAAGUGUACAGGAACAACUGGUACAAACAAAA